AUGCCGCUUCAUUCUGUCUUUCCAGACUUGGACAUUCCCAAGACUGACCUGUUAUCCUAUGUCUUCGAUGGCGAUAGCCUCUCCCAUGACCCAAUCUGGGUCGACUCGGAAGAUCCGUCCAGGUUCUUGUCUUUGCAUUCCCUCCAGGUUUGGGUGCGUCGGUUUGCAGCUGUGCUGGCAAAGCAUCAACUCCGGGUGGGCGAUGUGGUGAUUGUCUUUACGCCCAAUCACAUCUUCCUCCCCGUGGCGUAUUUUGGCGUCAUUGGCUUUGGGGCCGUAUUUACUGGGGCCAAUCCCGCCUACACCAUUCGAGAGCUCACUCACAUGCUCCGUGACACCGAGGCCAAAUUGAUCCUUGUCCAUCCCAGCAUCGUUGACGCCGCCCUCGAAGCUGCACGUCAUGUCGGAUUGCCCGCGGACCGCCUCUUGCUGUUCUCCGAUCGUCCAGUUGAAUCGACCGGAGGCAUCCUCGACUGGCAUUCUUUCCUUCCGACGGCAUCAAGUCCCAACAUGUGGCAGUGGGACCGUCUAGACCAAAGGACAUCGACCACCCGACCUGCCAGCCUCAAUUACUCGUCCGGUUCAAUCGACAGCACCACCGGCCUUCCCAAAGGGGUCAUCGUGUCCCACCACGCAUUGAUAGCAAAUUGCGAACAGAUCAUGUUUAUGCGUGAUCAAGGCAAGCCCUACACGGACGGUGACCGGCCGGCGGAACGGUGGGUUGGAUUUCUACCAUUUUACCACGCCUAUGGCCAAGUGUACAGCAUCUUGAUGGCAGCCAAGCUACGGGCCCGUGUCUUCGUCAUGAGUGCGUUCAAUUACGAGAAAUUCCUGCGUGUCAUUCAGGACUACAAGGUAUCCCAUCUCCAGAUUGCGCCCCCGAUCAUGAUCAUGCUUUCAAAGCGACCCGAGACGUCCAGCUACGACUUGAGCUCCGUGACCGACGUCCUCUGUGGGGCCGCGCCACUCUCGAUGAGUCUGCAAAACGAAGUCAUCCGGAAAUUUGGCUUCCAGGUCAAACAGGGCUGGGGAAUGACCGAAGUAACGUGCGGCGGCCUCAACAUGCCGGGAGAUAUUACCAGUCAGACUGGCAGUGUGGGAAUGCUGCAUCCAAACUCUUCCUGCCAGUUGAUUGACGACGAUGGUAACGAAGUCUGUCCCGGUCAGCGCGGAGAACUGCUUUACAAGGGUCCCAACGUUGCGCUUGGGUAUUGGAAGAACCCCGUCGCCACAAGCGAGACCUUCACUGGUGAUGGGUGGCUACGAACGGGAGAUAUUGCAGUUGCAGACCACAAGGGCCUGUUUUGGAUCGUGGAUAGAAAAAAGGAACUCAUCAAAGUCAGUGGCCUCCAGGUUGCUCCCGCCGAGUUAGAAGCUGUCCUCCUUCAGCACGAACAGGUGGCCGAUGUCGCUGUAGUCGGCAUGAAGAUCGGCGAAGAGGAAUUCCCCCGCGCAUAUAUCGUACUGAAGGACGGGGAUCGGGAUUCCAGCAGCCGUGAGACCGAGAGAUCGAUCCAGCUCUGGGUCGAAGCACGAGUCGCCAAACACAAAAGGCUUCAAGGCGGUGUCGUCUUUGUCCAAGAGAUCCCCAAGUUGGCCAGUGGAAAGAUUCAAAGGAAGUUCGAAGCUGACCUGGGUUACCGUCCCAGACUGGACGGCGACAUCGACACGAUUUACAAGCAAUGGGACACGCUAGGAAAAGACCUGGUUUCCAAAUUCUCUUUCAAACCGCGCGAUGAAUCCGUCAAGCGUGAAGACCGAGCGGUUGGCACCAAGGGGAACAAAGUGCGCAUCUACACCCCUCCGGCGCUGGAAAACUCCGCUCUCUGCGUGUACAUCCACGGCGGCGGCUGGGCCUUGGGCGACCUGGACGCCGAAGACGCCCAAUGCGAGGAGUUUUGCAAGAGGGUUGGGUUGAUUGUUAUGUCGAUCGGAUACCGCCUUGCCCCUGAGCAUCAAUAUCCCGCGCCUCUCGACGACUGCGUCGAGGGUUACACGUGGGCUGUCACGCAGGCAAGCACUUUCGGCGCCGUGGCCGACAAGGUCAUCCUCGCGGGAGGCUCUGCGGGAGCGAAUCUCGCCAUUGCCACCACAUUGCAGCUGGUCGAUCAGGACAGCCAGAUCCUUCCAGAUGGCCUGUUCGCCGCGGUCCCGGUCACCGUGGACCCAAAAGCUGUCCCCGACGAAUUGAGGAGCAAGUACACUUCCUAUAUCGAAAACAGGGAUACUGGGCCCAAUACCCCCGGUGGCAUGCAGGGUUUCGCUCGUGCCUACGGAGCAGAUCCCGCCGACAAGUACUAUUCGGUCCUGCUGCAUGAAAAGCUAGGGUCACUGCCAAAGACGUACAUCACGAUCGCGUCCAAGGACACCCUUCGCGACGACGCACGUCUGUUUGUUGAAAAGCUUCAGGCUCAAGGAUCCGCAGUGGUGGCCGAGGACAAUAACAGUCCUGGAGAUGGCAGUCACAGUGAGAGUCGUUCGGUGGUGGACCAUGGGACCGAUAAGAGACAAAGUAUUCCCGCCCGUGGGACUUCCUCCUCGAUCGAGCUCAGCGCCGGCGCAAGAUUCGAUGAGACAUUAGACGAAGUUGAGGCGCAGAUCAAGUCGAUGGCUUCCAUCAGUGUCGAAGGAGAGAAGGAUGGAAAGUCCAACGCAUGGGGAUCGACAUCGGGAUCGUCAAGCACAAGGAGCUUCCUCCACGAGCCGGACCUGUGCGUACCUCUCCCGGAUGAGAAACUUCAAUGGAAGCUGUUCCAGUACUAUAUUGAUUGGGUGCAUCCACAAUUACCAUUCCUCGAUAUUCAGCAGGUGGCAGAGAGGGCCAUGACCGAAGACUUCGCGGGGUCCAAAACCACAUUUACUCUUCUGAUGCAAGCCAUCUUUUAUGCCGGGUCGCUAUACGCUCUCGAGGACGACUUCCGCUCCAGCUACUAUGAAUCCCAACGGCACGCACAGAGGACUCUGGCCCACCUUGCGAAGGCUUCCUUCUCUACGAACCGUGAUGAUGACUCUUUGCUGUUGUCGCAGGCUGCCCUUCUUCUGUCCAUGAGGGCCACUCCGAGUCUGGAAUCGCUCCACGUCUCCAGAUACUGGUUGAAGGUCUGCAUCGACCGAGUUCAGAGAUUGACCUUCGUUCAGUACAUGCAAUCGGAUGGAAGAGCCUCAGCACAGCCUAGAAAUCAGAGACACGCAGAUCUUGAUUCCGCAUUGGUCAAGCUAGUGUGGUCAAUCCGUGUGCAGGAGUUGACCAUGAUGCUCGGAUCGGGUGAAGGCAGCUACAUGCACACCCACGUGGACGGGUUUCUAUCUCCAACGUAUUUAUCCAUCAACCCCGACAGAUUCUCACCAGAACUAUGGCACAGGAUGUCUGGCUCUAUCUCGCUUCAGGAUGCCAGAAUUCAAGAGCUACUCGCCAAUCUCUUCUACGCCAAGCUGCGGUUGUCUGCAAUGAUCGACAAAGUGCUGCAAAGUGUCAGCUCGGGCGAGGAUUCUGGCCCUACCGGCAGCGAGUCAGAAGAUCUCUCAUACCGUCUUGCUCUGAGGCUCAGCUCAUUGCCGGCCGAUUGCUUGCUGUCUCACGAGAUCUCUCUGGCCCAGUGGUGGGACUCCAUUCCAAGCUGGAUGCGAUGUGCUGGUCCUCCCGAUCACGCUUCAACCUACCAGACCUUUUCCAUGUCGAUAUGUCAGGCGCGUGUCAUGCGAGAGGGGCAGACCCAAUCAUCCCUGUAUGUAGGAGCUAUCCAACAACAAAAGAUCGAGGCAAAAGUCAGAGAGAUGCUCGACAUCCUGGACUACUGGGUACCGGAUGAGAACCUUGGACGCCUCCUCACCGCGACCGGUCCAAGACUGGCUCAUGUGUGCAUUCCUGCACUGUCACGCACUGCGCACGGCUUCUCGGACAUUCAAGCCACGUUGAGGAACUUCGAUCUGAUCAACAAAAAUAUCAACUAUCUCCUCAAGGGUACCUUGGGACUCGCCGGUCACACGGCGGGCGGAUCGCCAUUGCAAAGUGGUGACGCAACGUCACAAUCAGCCACUGACCGACGCACCCAUCGGCCGCAGCAAUGUGACGCAUUUCCAUCCCAUGAAGAGUGUCAUGCGCAGGAUGACCUGGCUCGAUACCUAGUGGGUGAGUCUGCGAAGCUCGACAGAAAAGAGAGGGCGUCGGCCGAAUGCCAGCUUGGGGAUCCUGAGCUGCUGACUGUCCGCCAGGUGGACAAUGGCGAGAACGAUAUAGAUACCGGCGGGACCUCUAUACCAAGCGACUUUCUGGUCCUAGAGUCGACAGAGGACAAUUGGCCGAUUUCGCCCGGUCAAUCAGACGAAGCAAUGACAACUGCUCCAAGCCUGGCGGGAGAGUAUCACGGGUUGAACCCGCUGUCGCCAUUUGCCUCUGCGUGGCUGGAAUUUGACUCCGAAUCAGAAUCUCUACGCUGA